AUGACGGAGAAGAAUGAAGACCCCGAGUCUUCACACGACCGACAGUCUUCGCUCAUUGAACCCCCGCCCGACGGAGGAGCGAAAGCAUGGACGCAAGCUGCGAUGGGCCAUCUAGUGGCGUUUAACACCUGGGGGUACAUUGCCAGCUUCGGCGUGUUCCAGGCCUACUACCAAUCGACGCUUGGCGUUUCACCAUCAGCGAUUUCAUGGGUUGGAUCCGUUCAGAUUUUCCUAAUUUUCUUUGUCGGGACAUUCUCUGGCCGAGCCCUGGAUGCUGGCUUCUUCCGCCCGGUCUUUUAUGCGGGAAUCCUUCUGCAGCUUCUCGGGGUGUUCAUGACUUCGCUCUCAACGCGAUAUUGGCAGCUCUUCCUCGCUCAGGGAGUCUGCACAGGCCUUGGAAGUGGUCUGCAGUUCUGCCCUGUGAUGGGACUAGUUGCUACUUAUUUCUCUGGACGGAGAGUGUUUGCCCUGGCGUUUUGUCUGGUUGGGAGUGGGACUGGGGGCAUGCUUCUUCCCGGCUUGGUGAAGGCUCUCAUGCCGACGAUCGGAUUUGGUUGGACGGUUAGGGUGUUGGGAUUUGUUAUGCUCGCUACGAGUAUCCCUGCCAUGCUUCUGUUGCAGACUCGACUACCCCCGCGUAGAGCUGGUCCCCUCAUUGAAUGGGCGGCGUUCAGGGAACCGACCUACGUGCUUUUCUGUUUGGGCAUGUUUCUGAACUUCUGGGGUUUAUAUUUCGCCUUCUAUUACAUUGGUGCAUUUGGCCGCAGCGUUCUCGGUCUGAGUUACUCGGAGUCGACCAAUUUGAUCAUUGUAACCAAUGGGGCAGGAAUCGUCGGUCGUCUCAUCCCUGCUUAUUUGGCCGAUUUCAAGUUUGGACCCCUCAAUACCAUCAUUCCAUUGACCCUAGGUGCUAGUUUGAUGAUGUUUUGCUGGGCUGCUGUUCAUUCGACGGCAGGCCUGUACGUUUUUGCUGUGCUCUAUGGCAUAUUUUCCAAUGGUGUGCAGGGCCUCUGGCCAUCAACACUCUCUAGUCUUACGCCCGACCUAAGCAAAACCGGAGUCCGCAUCGGCAUGGGCUUUACGGUGGUGAGCUUUGCCUGUCUGACUGGUCCACCCCUUGGUGGAGCUCUCAUUGCUAGGGCCGACGGCUACAUUGGAGCGCAGGUCUGGGGCGGUUUGACCUUCUUUCUGGGCGCGUUGGUGCUGGUAGCUGCUCGCCUAAUGAAAACCGGAUCAACAAUGAGGGCUAAGAUCUGA